CCUCGCCUUCCCCCAUUCCUCCACCCCCAACUCCGGCGACUCCCCGAUGCGCCUGGUUCACUCCGGCCGCCUCCGAGCUGCGCUCGUCUUCGUUGUAGUCGCCGCGCUACUGCUCCUCCUCGUCUUCGUCGCGCCGCGGGGGUGCGCGGGAGAGUCGGCGACCUGCCUCGCCGUGUACCGCGAGGGCGGGGCGCCCGCGGUGUUCCAGUCCGCGCACUGCCCGCGCUGGACGCUCGUCCCACCCGGCGGUGGCGGAGGUGGGGAGGGGGAUGGGGAACAGAGGUCGUCGUCGUCGUCCUCCUCCUCCCCUCCGCCGCCACCGCGCCCGAGGGGGUGCCACGUGGCGGUUGACAGAGGCAGGCGGCGCUCCCAGGAGGACCGCGCCGUCUGCGCGCUCGGUAUCCGCAUCCCCUUCAUAGAGCAUAUGAGGAUUAAAGAGGUGGAUGUUGGAGUAGUUGCAGUAUUUGAUGGUCACAAUGGAGCUGAGGCUAGUGAGAUGGCUUCAAAGCUUUUGCUGGAGUACUUCUUGCUCCAUGUUUAUUUUCUUCUUGAUGGUAUAUACUCCAUCAUGUUCAGAAAAUCUACUGGAAAGCUGACGUAUAAGGAGGUUACUAUUCUUAAUAAUGUCAUUAACCUGUACAAGGAGGACCAUUCCAAUCAUGGCAAGGGGUCAUGUUGGACUUCACCGGUUAUUCUAGAUCGAUCAUUCGACAUGGAAGUUCUGAAGGAAUCAUUGUUGAGGGCAGUUCAUGAUGUUGAUUUGACAUUCUCCAAGGAAGCUUUACGGAAUAAUAUUGAGUCUGGUUCAACAGCGGCUGUGAUCUUGAUAGUCGAUGGCCAAAUCAUAGCUGCUAAUGUGGGAGACUCAAAGGCCUUUUUGUGCUCAGAAAGUCAUGACUUGUACCAUCGAAAGAGAAAAAGGAGAAGGAGAAACUCCAACAAUCGUGAUGACUUUGCAUUGGCAAAUUAUGAUGGACCGUUCUAUAUAGUAAAGGAGUUGACCAAGGACCAUCAUCCUGAUAGAGAAGACGAGAGAAGCCGUGUGGAGGCUGCUGGUGGUUAUGUUCUUGAGUGGGCUGGUGUGCAUCGUGUUAAUGGUGAGCUAGCACUAUCAAGAGCUAUUGGUGAUGUGCCUUACAAACGGUAUGGUGUAAUAUCGACACCUGAACUGACAGGGUGGGAAUCUCUGUCAGCAAAUGAUACCUUUCUUAUUGCCUCAUCUGAUGGCGUAUUUGAGAAAAUGACUAUGCAGGAUGUUUGUGAUCUGAUGUUGCAUGUGAAACUCGGUGCUAACCAGGAAUUAGGAUCCUUUGCAAUAACACAACAGAAUUUGGCAGAUUAUGUAGUUGAUCUUGCUUUGGAGAAAGGGACAACUGACAAUGUAGCAGCUGUGGUUGUUCCAUUGGGAUCUCAUUAUAGCUCUAAAGUUACAUUAGAAGAUUUGUUCAGGCUCGAACAAAAUUCAAGGACAUCUAUUUUGUCAUUACAGACCAUUCCAUACCAGCAGAAGUCUGAUGAUGGAGCUAGUUCAGCUCUUAUAGACAUGGAGUAUUACAAGCGUUCAUCAGCAAAGUUCCAUAGGUUCUUGGUUGAAGCAAAAAAGAAGAGACUGGGCUGUUUCUACCUAUCUGAGAGUCUUGAUGAAGAUAUGGACUAUAUAUUUAGGAUACCAGAGGCCUAUCAGCGUGAAAGAGUCAAUGAUUUUGAUCACAUGCCAGCUGAAACUGUCUUGUCAUCUGAUGGAAAUCUCGAUAAAUACAAGGACAGAAAUUUUUGCUGGUACCUUGGUCAUCAGGAUGGUGAAAUGGGACGGUGUCAUAGUCCUGAAGCUUUUGCAAAUUUUUUUGGAUUGCUUGACUCUGUUUCACAUAAUGGAAGCAAACCGAACAGUUCAAGUUCAUUUGGCUACAAGAUAGCAGAUUUUAGGUACAAGCUGAAGAAAAGAUUUGAUCGUGGUUCAUAUGGUGAAGUCUGGUUGGCAUAUCAUUGGAACUGCUCUUGGGAUGUCGAUGUGCACGAAGAUCAUUCACACUUUAGCACUAUACUUAAACCAGACUCAUAUAAUUGCACAAACUCAAACACAACUUCACCCGAUGAAAACCAUAAGUCAGACACAAUAGAUGGUGAUUUAUUCAUAUUAAAGCGUAUAAUGGUGGAGAGAGGACGCGCUGCUUACUUGAGUGGAUUGCGGGAAAAAUAUUUUGGUGAACUAUUUUCAAAUGCUUCAAGAACUCUUGAAGUUGAAGCUUUGUCAAGGGCAGAGUCAUCCACAGCUUUUUCAGUGGACACGCAACCUAAUCCUCAUAUAUUUACAGAAAGUAACAUGUCAUUUACUGAAGAACCUCUAAAGCAUGUCGCUAGGUAUAUAGAAUCCUUUGAAUCAGAAUCAAAGGAACUAUGGCUUGUGUACCGUAAUGAAGGCCGCUCAUUAUCGAAACUGAUAUAUACAGCUGAAGAAACAAAGUUAGUUACUGGUAGAAAUAAUGAGAGGGUCAGGCAUAUUCAAGUUCUUCAACCAUCAAAGUGGUGGUAUUGGUUAAGGACAACGAAAGUUGGGCAAAAGCAAAUGCAAAAUCUCUUAUGGCAGCUGCUGAUGGGGCUGAAAGCUUGUCACGAUCGUAAUAUCACUCACAGGGAUAUUAAACCUGAGAAUAUGAUCAUCUGCUUUGAGGAUCCAGAGACAGGAAAAUGUUUGAGAGAUGUUCCAUCUGAAGCAAAACAUAACAAGCUGAACAUGCGUCUUAUUGACUUUGGCAGUGCCAUUGAUGAUUUCACAGUGAAGCAUCUUUAUGAUUCAGGCCCUACUCGGUCUGAGCAAACUUUUGAGUACACUCCUCCAGAGGGACUUCUUAACUCAAGUUGGUUUCAGGGAUCAAAAAGUGCCAGACUUAAGUAUGAUAUCUGGAGCGUUGGUGUUGUCAUGCUGGAGUUGAUAGUAGGUUCUCCACACGUUUUCCAGAUAAGUGACCGGACACGCGCUCUAAUGGAUCAUCGCCUUGAAGGGUGGAGUGAGCAAACAAAGGAACUUGCAUACAAGUUGAGGUCUUACAUGGAAUUGUGCAUUUUAGUCCCAGGAAUUUCCUCCCAACAUCAGGGAAGUGGUGACUCCGAACAUGGUCAGUUUCGGUUGGCUUCUUGGAAAUGCUCUGAAGAAUCAUUUGCUCAUCAAGUGAAGAUCAGAGACCCUCUUAAGAUGGGCUUUUCUAAUAUUUGGGCAUUGCGACUAGCACGGCAGUUACUAGUAUGGUAUCCUGAGGACCGCCUAAGUGUUGAUGAAGUAUUAGCUCAUCCUUACUUUCAGGAGCCACCGUAACCGACACGCGAUAAAGAUCUAACUUACUCUUGACAUUUAACAAGUUGUCCAAAUUUUACCGCUGACUGUACAUUUGUUUGGUGAGUUCGAUUGACGAAAUUGUGAAUCAUUUGUAGAGGUCAACCCGAUUGUCUCUCUAGCUAUUGUAAAUGCCACAUGGAAAAUAGUUGUAUGCUGCAAUAUAGGUAGAUGCAAGCUAGUGAAGUUUGUAAGGAACAUAAUCAGACGUACAGAUUAUAAUAUUCAACCGAAAUGGAAAAAAAUGUGUCAAGAA